AUGAGCUCCACUCCGCUGAUCGAAUUGUUCACAAUUCAUGUGGCACAACGUGAAAGUUUUCCCGAUGAGUACUCCAAUCUGUCCGCUGGUGUACUCGUAUCCAAAUCCAGUCCGUUGAAGUGGUUGAAGGCUUACGUCGACGAGUUCGGAUUGAUCCGCGCCGGUGGGCGCCUCAGCAAUGCCGUUCUACCCGAAAACGCCAAGCACCCCAUCGUCCUCAGUGUCAAGCAUCCGUUGGCCAGACUGGUCACCGUCCAAUGUCACAGAACUCUGCUCCACGCUGGCCGUCAACUCAUGGUGGCGAGUCUUCGCCGGAGAUUUUGGGUCCUGGGUGGACGAAACCUAACUAGAAGCGUUUAUCACUUGCUUUCGAACUUCUCCAACGUGCCCAUUCUCCGUCUGCGGCGUAGAUUACUGGGGACCGCUUUCAUCAAGUCACCGGUCAGGAAGCGUGGUCCAACGAAAGUGUAUGUGGCCAUCUUUAUCUGCUUCUGCACACGGGCCGUCCACAUCGAGCUCGUGAGUGAUCUGAUGUCCGCUGCAUCCCUUGCCGCACUGCGCCGCUUGGUAGCUCGAAGGGGGAAGAUUUCCGAGCUCCACUCCGACAAUGCGACCACUUUCAAGGGAGCAUCACACGCCCUUCAUCGAGUGUACAGUAUGCUGAAGGUGGACGAAACAGAUCGGAACCAAAUUCUCUCGUGGUGCGCAGACAACGAAAUUCCCACGGUGAAGUCCGCGAAUACCCACCUACUCAAGAAAAUCGGCAACUCCAGUUUGUCGUACGAGGACAUGCUCACCUUGCUCUCUCAGGUAGAAAUGGGCCUCAACUCCCGUCCCGUCACACCACUAUCGUCGGAACCGUCAGACCUGGAAGCCCUGAAACCUGGUCACUUCCUGGUGGGUUCCAAUCUCCAAGCCGUUCCCGAAAAAACAUUAACCGACAUUCCCGAAAACCAGCUUGAUCACUUCGAGCUAACCAAGCGUCAUCUCCAACGAAUCUGGGCACGAUGGUACCUGGAAUACCUGCAGCAGUUGCAGUCCAGAGCUGUUCAAGGCUGCAAACUAUCGACUGCCAUCAAACCUGGACAACUCGUCGUGGUCAAAGAAGAUUGCCUUCCACUCGCUCAAUGGCCCCUCGUCAGAAUAUCAAGACGGCAUCGUCAGAGUGGUCACGUUGAAGACUGCUUCUUCGGACAACGUCAUGCGACACGUCGCACGGAUUGCCCUGCUGCUCAUCAGAACCGAUACAAGUCACACCCGUUGGAGAUCAUCAGUAGAGCAGUUCUAAACUGGCUCGAUGCUCAUAUCAGUUGA